AUUACUUCAGGUUGCCAGGAUAUAGACGACCUCUUUGGCCUACACGCACUCUCUCUCUCUCUCCAUCCAUCUACUGAAAGAAGAGAGAGUCGCAUCUCUUCUCAGAACACGUGAUUUGCUUCCAUCGUAACCCACUUUCUUCAGAUCCUUCUUCAAAAGUGCUACUAAUACGCAUACAGAAUCAGAGAUGGGGCUUACCUUUACGAAGCUAUUUAGCCGGCUUUUUGCCAAGAAGGAGAUGCGAAUUCUGAUGGUGGGUCUUGAUGCUGCCGGUAAGACCACUAUUUUGUACAAGCUCAAGCUUGGAGAAAUUGUCACCACCAUCCCUACCAUUGGAUUUAAUGUGGAGACAGUGGAAUACAAGAACAUCAGCUUCACUGUUUGGGAUGUUGGUGGUCAAGACAAGAUUCGUCCUCUUUGGAGGCAUUACUUCCAGAACACUCAGGGUCUUAUUUUUGUGGUAGAUAGUAAUGACAGAGAUCGAAUUGUUGAGGCAAGAGAUGAGUUGCAUAGAAUGUUGAAUGAGGAUGAACUAAGAGAUGCUGUCUUGCUCGUCUUUGCCAACAAACAAGAUCUUCCCAAUGCCAUGAAUGCUGCAGAAAUAACAGACAAGCUUGGGCUUCAUUCUCUUCGUCAACGUCACUGGUACAUCCAGAGCACGUGUGCAACAUCUGGAGAGGGCCUGUACGAGGGGCUGGACUGGUUGUCCAACAACAUCGCUAGCAAGGCUUGAAAAUGAAACUAAAAGAAUUUUGGUGGUUGUCUAGACUUUAUGAUGCUAGCGAUUGUGGAAAGCCUAUAUACCCCUUUUUGUUCAGCAACUGUUGUAAUAGCAGAAUGGUUGCUUAGAUCCUACUUAUAUAAUAUGGGUUUGUGCUAAAACUUUAUCUUUUAAAAAAUUAUAAAUGACACUAAUGCUUAUUUUGGAUUGUCAA